UGGGAGGACUGGCUCCAGAGGAGUGGGGCGGUCCCUGUGGGGUGUAAGUGGAUUCUGUUACCACUCAGCCUGGCUCAUUGAAGAAUGCUGAAGAAGACUUCCACCGCAUCCUCCAGGCAGUGCUCCCCCUUCCUCCAACCCAACUCCAGCUCCUGGUCCUGUCAAACUUCUACAAUGCAGCCAGCUGCCCCCUGAUGCCUCCUCCAUCCAUGGGACCGGGACACUGCCACACCUACAGGAUUGCAACUUGGGACUCACCUGGGAUUGCUGUCGCUCCCCUUUGCAGGAUUCCCACCCGCUGCUGAGCACACUUGGAUAGGAAGCUGCACAUUAUCCCAUGUAGGACAGAGAGGCAGAGGACUGGAAGAGGAACACUCCUGGGGGAGAUGACAUGAGCGAUCCGCUGGAGUUUGCAGCAUCCCUUUAAUCAGCUCCAAUUCUAUCAGCUAUGGACUGUUCCUUUCUCAAAGAGACUCUGGAGGAGAAAACACACCACUGCUGCAUAUUGCUAAUUGUUCUUUCAAUUAGAAUGGGUCCAGGUUCUGCAUCAACGGUAAACUAUGCCGAUCCGACGCUAAUGCCCCUAGCCAAUGAGGAGUCUAUAGCAAGACAAAGAAUUAUCAAUUCUCAAUUCAAAUGUUACGAGAAAAUGAAAAGGGACGCGCCGUAUUCAAAGCCAGGGCUGUAUUGUAAUCGCACCUGGGAUGGAUGGCUCUGCUGGGAUGAUACCCCCGCAGCACAGAACAUUACGCAGAACUGCCCUGACUAUUUCCCAGAUUUUGAUGUUACAGAAAAGGCAUCCAAAUAUUGUGACGAGACGGGAAACUGGUUUAGACAUCCUGAAAGCAAUCGGACGUGGUCCAACUACACCCAGUGCAUUACCUUUACUGAUGAGAAACUAAAGAAUGCGUACAUCCUCUACUACAUGGCAAUAGUCGGACAUGCCCUGUCAAUCGUUUCAUUGUUAAUUUCCCUUGGAAUUUUCUUCUACUUCAAGAGCCUCAGCUGUCAGAGGAUAACACUGCAUAAAAAUCUGUUCUUCUCCUACGUGCUGAACUCUCUGUUUACAAUCAUUCAUCUUACGGCCGUCGUACCUGAUCUGAACCUGGUGAAGAGAGACCCUGUGAGCUGCAAGGUGCUGCAGUUCUUUCACCAGUAUAUGCUGGGCUGUAACUAUUUCUGGAUGCUGUGCGAAGGGAUUUACCUGCACACUCUCAUUGUGGUGGCAGUGUUUGCUGAAGAACAGCAUUUACAUUGGUAUUAUCUUCUGGGCUGGGGGUUUCCAUUAGUGCCUACAUCAAUUCAUGCUUUUGCAAGAACAAAAUACUUUAAUGACAACUGUUGGAUGAGCGUGGAGACACACUUGUUGUAUAUCGUUCAUGGACCAAUCAUGGCCGCAUUGCUGGUCAACCUGUUCUUUCUUCUGAAUAUUGUACUAGUACUUGUGACGAAGUUACGGGACACCCACCGGGCAGAGUCCAACAUGUACAUGAAAGCAGUGAGAGCCACGUUAAUUCUGGUGCCACUGUUAGGCAUCCAGUUUGUCAUAUUUCCAUGGCGGCCGGAGAACCGACUGGCAGGAGAGAUCUAUGACUAUAUCAUGCACAUAUUGAUGCAUUAUCAGGGAUUACUCGUUGCUACAAUCUUCUGUUUCUUUAAUGGAGAGGUACAAGGGGCACUAAAGAGGCAGUGGAUGCAAUAUAAAACUCAGUGGGGACAAAGAAGAAGAGAACACUGUUCUAUGCGCUCUACCUCCUACACUGCAACAUCCAUAACGGAGGUCCCCAUUUAUCUCUACCCUCAUGAUUCCAACAGUGAACAAUUAAAUGGGAAAUACGGAGAAGACUCUGAAAUUACUGCACUUAAUUCUGGGGAUACAUACGCCUAAAACUUUACAAGACUAAGCAAGUUCUUUCAAACCAUGAGUUAUUUUCCUCAAUGGAAAUAAAGCCUUCAACAUGAGUGUCGACAUGGAGACUUACUGUUGAGAUCAGCUACAUGAGGAGUAAUCUGGAGCUAACCAGGACUAGGCUGUGGUCUGUGGGCACAAGUCCUGCUUUAUGAGACUUUGUAGAGGGACCAGUUUAUCUGACAUGCUGGGCAAAUCCAGGGAAUGUGAAAGCUACUAUAACGUGGCCAUCAAGAGACUCAAUUGUGGAGAAACAUUUUCCUUAAUUGUAGUAGGUGAACAUGUCUUCUGAAGUCAAAGCCGUAAAAUGGAGAAACAAUAUAUCAUGUUCUGCUAACAGCAUACCCUUUCAUCUUUGUAUACAACUGACUUUUGGUUACAAAUUACUAUCUGUGAAAAUCAAUCAAAUAAAUUUGCUAGUUCCUAUAG